AUGGGCGCCGCUGGGGGUGGGAGCUGUCCGUGUCCGGGGCGCUGCCCGUGGCCGCUCUCCUGCCUGUGGCCCUGCCUGCGGCCCUGCCUGGCCUGGCUCCGCCCGGAGGACGAGGGGCACCGGGACGGCGCCUCCGGCAAGCCCCGUGACAUCGCCAAACCGGGCACCUGCCAUCCGCUCCCCCCACUGCCUGACCCGCUGUCCAGAUCGUCGCCCCGGCCGGCGGGCAUCUUCGUGGCGCUCUUUGACUACCGGGCACGCACGGCCGAGGACCUGAGCUUCGUGGCCGGGGACCGGCUGCAGGUCCUGGACGCCUCGCACCCGGGCUGGUGGCUGGCCCGCCUCCUGGGCCACGGGGGAGACGACCCGGGCCAGCAGAGCCAGGGCUAUGUCCCUGCCAACUACCUGGCCAAGGACCAGAGCCUGCAGGCCGAGCAGUGGUUUUUUGGUGCCAUCAAGCGAGUGGAUGCAGAGAAGCAGCUAUUGUACUCGGGGAAUCGGCCUGGUGCCUUCCUGAUCCGGGAGAGUGAGAGCCAGAAGGGAGACUAUUCCCUGUCAGUGUUCGACGGGAAGUUUGUCAAACACUACCACAUCAAGAGUCCUGAUGAAGGUGGCUUUUUCCUGAACAGCAGAUGCAUCUUCCCCACCCUGAAGUCGUUUGUAGAUCACUACAGCACGGACAGCGAUGGUCUCUGCAUCAGGCUCGGGGACCCAUGCCUGAAGAAAAAAAUCCCGGCCCCUUUCGACCUGUCGUAUAAGACCGUGGACCAAUGGGAGAUAGACCGCAACUCUCUGCAGCUCCUGAAACACCUCGGCUCGGGCCAGUUUGGGGAAGUGUGGGAAGGCCUGUGGAACAACACCACCCCUGUGGCGGUGAAGAUGCUCAAACAAGGCUCCAUGAACCCCACGGACUUCCUGGGGGAGGCCCAGAUACUGAAGAACCUCAGACACCCCAAUGUCAUCCAGCUGUAUGCCGUCUGCACCCUGGAGGACCCGAUUUACAUCAUCACUGAGCUCAUGAGGCACGGAAGCCUACAGGAAUACCUCCAGAAUGACGGGGGCUCCAGCAUCCUUCUAACUCAGCAGUUAGACAUGGCGAUCCAAGUGGCCGCAGGCAUGACGUAUCUGGAGUCUCAGAACUACAUCCACUGGGACCUGGCGGCCCGCAACGUACUCGUGGGCGAACACAGCACGUACAAGGUGGCGGACUUCGGACUCAGCCGAGUGUUCAAGCCUGUGGAGUGUGACAAGGGGGACCCCGAGGGCGAAGGGGGCAUCUACGAGGAGGCACAGGGCAUUAAGCUGCCCGUGAAGUGGAUGGCCCCUGAAGCCAUCCAUGCCAAAAAGUUCAGCAUCAAGUCUGACGUGUGGUCGUUUGGGAUCCUGCUCUAUGAAAUCAUGACCUAUGGGAAGACACCCUACACCGGGAUGAAUGGCGCGAUGGUCAUCCAGAGGCUGAAUCAAGGCUUUCGCCUUCCGCUGCCUCCAAACUGCCCCCAGCUCCUUUACGACAUCAUGGUCAGGUGCUGGGCCGGUGACCCGAAGGAGCGACCGGGCUUCGGCGAGCUGCACGAUCUCCUGGAGGACUUAUCUGAUGUUCAGUAGCCUCCCAGACCCGAGCCUGGCCGGGCUGAAGUGGGAGCCCGGGGUUUGACUCCCCUCCGGAUAAGCAGUGUGCGUGGCAGCCUGAAGUCUGCAAAUUAGGCACCUCUUUGGCUGGUGAGGCUCUGGGGGCUGAGGGUAGGGUUGGGGGGGGCAUUGAUGCCCUUCAGACCUGGCUGUGGGCGAAUCAAAGGAGCAGUGGGCAUUCUGGGCUGGGCACAAUGCUGCCAGGCAGGGCCAUUCAUUCAUUCACUCAUUAAAUCAUAUUUAUUGAGCGCUUAUUGUGUGCAAAGCACUGUAUUAAAAGC